ACCAGUUAUUUCAAGAAAGGGAAGGGUUUUGUAUCCCCUUUAGGAGAUGACAGCAUUUGCUUAGUGUCAGGAAUAGCAUGUGUCUGGUAAAUGGGCUUCAGGAAAAGUGAACACACAAUGUUCACUUGGAAGUAUUGUUUCCUGAAUGUGACACAUGAUGCUCUGUCCCCAUGGCCAGUUUCCAGUGUGUCACAUCCUUCUGAAAGCCAAGUUGUGAGUGUGGAUCAGGAAAUGACAAAUUCCCGGUAUGAUGUAAAGCAAUCCCGCUGGGGCAAUAGGACUGGGGUGGGGGGGAGUAUAAAUCGGGCUUGUCCAGAAACAGCCUGAGAUUUGCUAUUGGGAACGUUGAUCUGAAAUGAAGGUAAUGGAAGGCAAUCUUUCCCCCUACACUCUUGAUCCUACAGAUCGCUUCCAUUAUACACUGUUGGACCAGAGAAGCAGGCUCUGUGAGCACAUAAAGAGCCUUCGUGAGAUCUCCUGCAGAAUCAACAAACUGCACAGGUGCUCUCUGAUAGCCAACCUCACAGGGUGUUCUUUAAGUGCGGUGGGAGCCAUUGCAGCCAUUGUGGGACUGUCCUUGAGCCCUGCUACACUAGGAGCAUCUCUUUUGGCCUCUGGUGUGGGUUUAGGAGUGGCUGCCACAGGUGGAGCAGUCACUGUGACUUCUGAUCUCUUAGUGCUAUCCAAUUCCCGAGAGGUGAAAAAGGCGAAGGAGAUUGCAGCAUCCUGCCACUGCCAGAUGAGAGAAAUAAUGAACUGCCUGGAAUUCCUACAUCGUAGUCAGGGCCCAACGGACCCUACCUUAUGGCAGGCUGAGAGCAAUGCUUCAGUCUCACUGUACAACUCUGUCUGCUUCCUGGUCUUUUGUGGUUCGCAGGGCUUCCUGGUCCCAGAAUACACAGAAGAGGUGACAAAAGUGAGCCACGCUGUUCUCAAGGCAAAAGUUCAGAAGCUGGCAGAAAACCUGGAAGUCUGCGCAAGACUCAUGGAUGAAGUCUGCAAACUUUUAGAGAAUAGGAAAGAAUUCUCCUUAAAGAGAAAAACACCAGCACUCUGGGAUGUCAGGGGUCAGCAUUACCUUUAAGUAGUAAAUGCUUCUAUGGAGAAAAGCUUGGAAAACAGUGACUAGUGCUAAAAGAAA